UGUUAUGACGUGCACUCUAUUUAUUGGCGCAAACCUCGGGCGGCCCAAUAAACCCAAAACACCGUCUUGCAAGAACCCUAGCUCCAUUUCAGAGCUCGAAACACUCAUCCAUGGCGUCCUCUCAAUCUCUCCCUCUUCACACCCCUCCCUUUUCCUCUGUACACCGCUUUCUUCCCACUACAAAACGUAUUUUCCUCCCUAAAAUACCCCUCAGAACCAUUGGAAAUUCCCUCCCUGUCCUUGCUUACUCAGCUAAGCCGUCUAUAUCGGCUUCCGAGCAAGACAUACUUCAAGCCGUUGCGAACUCAGGGGACAAGAGUCUUCCAGGUGUGAGGACGUACGAGAAUGAUUUGGCUCGGCUCACGCUGGUCGGAGCUGUCGAUUUUGAGCAGGCUCUCACGGCGGCUGCGGCGGACGGAGGUGAAGCCGCCGCAGAGCACGUUGAUUCCGGAAUGGAUGCUAUGGUUGUUGAGACUGUCUUUCCAGGACCUCUGGAUGAGCACAGCACCGUCUCGACUCGACUGUUUUUGCCGGCAAGGAAAGUUAAAGAAAAAGCAAAAAAGCUCAAAAGUUCUCUAACUGAAGAUAUCCUGUUCAGCACAACAUCUAAAAAUAUUCUUGCUAUGACAUUUAGACAAGUAGUUCUCCAACAGCUUUGGAAUUUUGAGCUGGUAUUAUUUAGACCUGGAACAGAAAGAAACAUGGAUGAUCUGGAAAACCCAAGAGAGGUUCCUCCGUCUUUUACCCUCAGCUCCUCGGAUGAACGGGUCAUUUCUGUGCUUGCAGAAGUUGUUUGCCUUUUUGCUCUUGAAAGCACCGAAAGACUUUUCCUUAAAAAGUCAUCGGGCAGAUCAAAUAAUUUGUUCAAUUGGUUUGACAAGCCUAAAAGGAUUGUAUCGAAAGAUUCCUCUGUUAGCUUAUAUAAAUUGCUUGAAGAUGAGGUGGUUGCAAAUGCCAGAAGUCUGCUGGAAAAUUUUAAUUUAGAAAAGGCAGAUUAUAAUCCUGUAGAAGCAAAAUGGAAACACAAUUGGUGGAUUACAUCUGUUCACUCUAAAUUGGAAAAGAUUGGUGGUCCUGAAUUUAGUGCUUGGACUAGCGAGUAUAUACCUGCCUACAGGCUGCAAAUUGAUUCUAAUAGACUUGACAAUGCAAACGUUGAAGGGUGGAAAAGAUGUGCCGAGAAUAGGUGGGAAGUUCUACUUACCCACUCCCAAAUGGUUGGUUUGGCCAACGUUCUAGACAUGUACUAUGAAGAUCUGUUCACACUGCCAAAUAAAGAAUUGUUAUGUGGUGUGGAGGCGAAAGCUACCAACUUGUCCAUUAACAAGAGAAGCACUUCCUUGUUUAAAAUGCUGUCCAUCACCCUUGCAAGUGGAUUUUUUCUUGUUACGGUUGGUGUUCUAGGUCAACUUUAUUUGCCUCAUUUGUUCAGUGGAAGGAAGAACCCUCAAGAUAACCAUUCACUUCAAUCUUCUGUCGUGGAAUGUAUACAUCAAUCUGUGGACUCCACUAAGUUGGAAGAUCUGUGCAUCUCAGUGGUUCAAAAAAUUAAGGAUGGUUUUGGUUGGCCUGGGGAAAUAAUGACAGAACCCGGUGGUGGUGCAUGGACUGGGGAAGUUCCAAGAUACCUUAGGGUAGAUGAAGCUGAUACUAGUGUUGCAGACAUUUUAUAUGCUUCUGCUCCAUCAGAAAAAAGUGAUGAAGAGAUGAAAGCAUCCGCACAAGACAUUGCAAGUUAUCAGGUGGUUCUGUCGGUUGAUGGAAAGAUUAUUGGGUUCCAACCUACAAGUCGUGGGGCUGUCAAUAACUGGUCAGCCAACCCCCUGGCAAAAGAGCUGUAUAGUGGCAGAAAACUUUCCCCUGGCUUUAUAGAACCUAGACUCAACAUCAGUCAUCCAAGGGAGGUGGUGGCAUUGGAGUUGUUAAUGUCCGUAAAUCCUGAUUCUUAUUUUGCGUUGGCCAGACCAGUUGAAUUAUCACUGCCAAAAACCGUUGGUGAAAACUAGAACACAGCCUGUGGAUGCCACCUUGGGUAAGUUUGAUAUUAUUUAGCAGGACAUUAGAUAUUUUCACAUGUAGAUUUUCUUGGUUAAUUUCCUAGCCCCAACUUGUAUUUGAAAUAUUAAUACAGACCGUUUUUAAUAUUUUCUGGUUCUUAUGCUCAAGUGUUUAUGAUGGAUAACAAUAUAUGUUGUCAACCGUGGAUCUAGGGGGAAGUUGGUGUUUAUGGAUCUUGGGGCGGAGCAAGCGAGAG